AUGGCGGACAUACAGGUGGGGGCUGCGGCUGGAGCGGCGGGAUCUGGGGCCCCCGGGGGCCAAAUACAGGGAGAGAGGGGCCCCCGGGAGCCAAAUACAGAGAGAGAGGGGCCCCCGGGAGCCAAAUACAGAGAGAGAGAGAGAGGGGCCCCCGGGGGCCAAAUACAGAGAGAGAGGGGCCCCCGGGAGCCAAAUACAGAGAGAGAGAGAGAGGGGCCCCCGGGGGCCAAAUACAGAGAGAGAGGGGCCCCGGGGAGCCAAAUACAGAGAGAGAGGGGCCCCCGGGAGCCAAAUACAGAGAGAGAGGGGCCCCCGGGAGCCAAAUACAGAGAGAGAGGGGCCCCCGGGGGCGUUUUAUCUCCUAUUCGGAAGCUGGGAGAUACAGAAUGGGGUAACGGAAAGGGAUUUAGGGGUGAUUAUUUCUGAUGACUUAAAGGUAGGCAGACAAUGUAAUAGAGCAGCAGGAAAUGCUAGCAGAAUGCUUGGUUGUAUAGGAGAGGUAUUAGCAGUAGAAAGAGGAAGUGCUCAUGCCAUUAUACAGAACACUGGUGAGACCUCACUUGGAGUAUUGUACACAGUACUGGAGACCGUAUCUUCAGAAGGAUAUUGAUACCUUAGAGAGGGUUCAGAGAAGGGCUACUAAACUGGUUCAUGGAUUGCGGGAUAAAACUUACCAGGAAAGGUUAAAGGAUCUUAACAUGUAUAGCUUGGAGGAAAGACGAGACAGGGGGGAUAUGAUAGAAACAUUUAAAUAUAUAAAGGGAAUCAACACAGUAAAGGAGGAGACUAUAUUUAAAAGAAGAAAACUACCACAACAAGAGGACAUAGUCUUAAAUUAGAGGGACAAAGGUUUAAAAAUAAUAUCAGGAAGUAUUACUUUACUGAGAGGGUAGUGGAUGCAUGGAAUAGCCUUCCAGCUGAAGUGGUAGAGGUUAACACAGUAAAGGAGUUUAAGCAUGCGUGGAUAGGCAUAAGGCUAUCCUAACUAUAAGAUAAGGCCAGGGACUAAUGAAAGUAUUUAGAAAAUUGGGCAGACUAGAUGGGCCGAAUGGUUCUUAUCUGCCGUCGCAUUCUACGUUUCUAUGUCUGCUGUGUGUAUAAUAAUUCAGUAUCUUAUUUUCAGGCCAAGAAGCUGCUUGGCGAUGCCAGCAAGGUCAGUCUCCCUUGUUUUUACAAGAACGUUGGCGGAUCCAAGGCAGCAAAACAGGUAACUAUCACUACUUUAAUGGUUCCUCCCUUGUGCAUUAACAUUAGGACUGUAAAUACUGCUGUUGUUGUUGUAGUGGUUUUUGUGCCAACGUGCAUCGUUCCCCAAGCUCUGACAGCAAUUUAACAAAUGGCAUAUUGAUUCUGUCUUUAUUUGACCCCAUUCCUGGGCCAAGCUUAUCACAUGUAUAUUCCUUCUGUAAUACACUGAGCUAUGGACUGGUGAACCCUGUGUGUUAAACCACAGAAAUGGGAGCACACAUGUUGGUACCAUUGCAGUACUGAGGACUAUUUAUUACUUGUAUUUAUAAAGCACCAACAUAUUCCACAGCGCUGUACAAUAUACACAAAUACAAAAGGUUGUAAGCUGAGAUCUAGCCAUUGAAGCUUUUAUACAAAGCGCUUAACUUGAUAACCAGUGAGCUUACAAUUUAAAGGCUAUCUCCAUUAUCAUACCUAGAAUACACAUUUAAUGUGCAGACUGGUACGCCAUCACCCAACAGUUGGUAAGGAAGUAAAUAUGUGGUUUUCCGUACUAGCCUGCUGACCCUCAUUCCAGUCCCACCGUUCUCUAUGGACAGCCCUCUAUGCAGCGUUUGGCCCUGCUGGUACAUCUCCCUGGACUGGUCAAUCCUCCCUAAUACCAAUGUGCACUAUGCUGUAAAUCUAGGAUUCCUCUGUUGAAUUUACUGCAGCUCGCACCAUAUUUACACAUCAUAUUUUAAUAUUUUCCCAAGUUGGCAUUGCCAUGAAAGGAAUGCUUUAACCCCUUAAGGACCAAACUUCUGGGGGAAAAAGGGAAUAAUGACAUGUCACACGUGCCAUGUGUCCUUAAAGGGUUAAAGUCGUGCCGAAUAUGUCUUGACUGACAGUAUGUAAAUUUCACCGCAAUUUUCUUUUAAAAUGGUUUUAGUCUUGAGGUCUAGCUGUAAAAUGUUGGAUAAUUAGAUGGUGUAUCUGUGUCAUUGAUGUAUUUGUUUCAUUUGAGUUUAUAGUGAAACAGAUUUACAUGCACUACCAUCUGAGACAUGCCAGCUGGUAUGGAAACAACAUUGCACGCAACGGGCACCUUUUACAGCCUCUCUUUAAUAUUCCAGGUUCUGGUCAUUGACGGCAGGGGUCAUCUCCUUGGUAGACUCGCCGCCAUUGUUGCUAAACAAGUUCUGCUUGGUGAGUUUGCUGCACCUGAUAGUCUCAUGAUGUGCCACCAUUAAUUCUGGGAUCUUGAGGUGUGUGUAAUCUAUAUUCAGAGAUCAUUAUUUUCUGGUCAGUGAUGAUGAUUAAGUUUCUCAAAUGAGUUUUACGACACUGAGAUAACUACAUGCACUACCAUCUGAGACCGCUGUAUAAACUGUAGCAACGGUUACGAUUGUUUUAUAUUGGGGCAGUACGAUCUAGUAUGUGCGGUUUCAUUGACCAGUCAGGGGCUAAGAGUGUUGCUGAAACAAUCUCUCCUACUCCGGUGCAAAGGGGAGGGAAGCAGAGCUUCUAGAGUUAAACGGUUUCAAAGAAACGUAAUCCCUGAAGACAAGAAUGCCCGGGCACUGCUGCCCAAUGACAACUUACAUGAGGUUAAUAAUUUAUGGGGUGGGAGAAUUUAUUUAACUUUUUUGGAUUGAGCCAAUUACAUUUAUUUACAUACCAUGCAGUUGGAAGCAAUGCUCAAAGCAUACUGUAUUGGUUAUGGUGCAAGGAAUGCUCUUGCGGCUGAAUUUCCUGGACCUGUAUUGGCUUACUUUAUUUAAAUAAAAUGCUUUUAUUUCAGGUCGCAAAGUUGUAGUUGUGCGAUGUGAAGGAAUAAACAUUUCUGGAAACUUCUACCGUAACAAACGUAAGUAGUUUUUAACUGUCUUGUGUGGUCAUAAUAGUCUUGAUCAUGUCCACUGUUGCAGCAAAGAUUUUAAAAUUUAGGCUAAAUCUGUCCAGUCUUACAAGGAACACUGAUACAUAAAGGAAUUGGCCUGGUUUAUUUUACAUGAUGGUACCAGAUUUACCACUUUGCAAGUGGAAGUGUUAAGGCACACUUAAAAAGGUUCUUAAUUUGAGCAGUCCACCAUGGUGGAUACUUAAAAGGUUCUUAAUUUGAGCAGUCCACCAUGGUGGAUACUUUCAGUGAGGUAUCUAAGGGAUCGUUAUAGCUGUACAUCUCAUCUUGUGCCACCAUUAAUUCUAGGAUCUUGAGGAGCAGGAUUUACUGUGUGUAAUCUAUAUUCGCAGAUUAUUUUCUGGUCAGUGAUGAUGAUUAAGUUUCUCAAAUGAGUUUUACGACACUGAGAUAACUACAUGCACUACCAUCUGAGACCGCUGUAUAAACUGUAGCAACGGUUAAGCUUGAGGGUGAAAACAAACUGCUUGUGGCUUUGUGUCCGCUUUAUUUGAAUGAGGACAUUGUGUAGAGAUUUAGUUGCACAACUCGUACUAAUGGUUUUGCUGCACUGGGUAAAUGGAUUGAUUUGAAGAGCUUGGACAUAUUGUGUAGGUUCUUGUGACUAUAUAUUGAAUGGUCUGGUGGUGCCUCUAGUCGUGCAUAGUGACCAGUCCAUAUCCUUUCUAUCUAAAUGUUUCUCUUGAGGCUAAAAAAAAUUAUUUUUUUUAUCUUCCCUCUAGUUAAAUAUCUUGCUUUCCUCCGUAAACGCAUGAACACCAACCCUUCCCGUGGGCCAUACCAUUUCAGAGCCCCCAGCCGCAUCUUCUGGAGGACCGUAAGAGGUGCGUAUGCCUUCUAUGUCUCCAUUUGGUGCAAAGGAGUCCUGGUCAGUGUGACUGCUAAUCAUGAUGUUGCCAAGGCUAGAAGUCAAUGUAUAAAUCUAUUGGACUCUAGGGCAGCUUUUUAUAGUUUUUAGUACUUCACAUUAGCAUUGUAUAGCUGAUUUGCUAGAACUAAGAAGGAAAGUUUAACACAAUCUCCUUUUAUCCAAUUUAGGUAUGCUCCCCCACAAGACAAAGAGGGGCCAGGCAGCUCUGGAUCGACUGAAGGUUUUUGAUGGCAUUCCUCCUCCUUAUGAUAAGGUAGGUAGAUAUAGGCUGUAAUAUACAGACUGCUUGUCUCUCGCGAUAUCCUGUUCUUAAACUGGUCUUGUCUUGACAGAGGAAGAGAAUGGUUGUCCCUGCAGCAUUGAAAGUCGUUCGCCUGAAGCCAACGCGUAAGGUAAGGCUAUGGUUUGAGCACAGACGAACAAGGUUUUAUGUUUAGUUUGAGUUUACGCCUUUUAAAAUAAGUUUGUGCUUAUAGUAACCUGGCUGGGGUGGGGUUAAUUUUUAAUGUAUGCCACCUCCGGUCUAGUUUCAAGGGAAACAUAAACUUGUAUGCCCAACGGUUUGAGUCAGCUGGCUUGUUGUAAAUGAAUGCAAUAAGAUGUGGGAAGUGAUCAUGUAUUGUGCUUGGAGAGUCUCCAUAAGGCUUGAAGGGUCUGGCCCACUAAUCGUCCGAGUUGAUAUCAGUUUGUGGGUGCUUUUCUUGCAGUUUGCGUUCCUGGGUCGUCUUGCCCAUGAGGUUGGAUGGAAGUACCAGGCUGUAACAGCAACUUUGGAAGAAAAGCGGAAGGGAAAGGCUAAAAUUCACUAUGAGAAGAAGAAACUGGUCAUGGUGAGUAAAGGGGUUGGGUCCACUGCCUGUUCCUCAUAUUGA